AACCAGUAUAACAUGAUGUCAACCCUUAUGCGCAACAACUCUGGCUUUGGAUGGGACCCAAUUGGAAAAACUUUCACUGCUCAUGAGGAUGUAUGGAAAGAUUACUUAAAGUCCCACCCAAGUCACAGCAAACUUCGAGGAAAAAGUAUGGUUGAUUAUGAGUAUUUGAAGAUCGUUGUUGGGGGUGGAGUUUCUAGCGGGAAUAAUUCUAUAUCAGUCGAUCCAGAUGAUACUGAUGCAACAACUUUUGAGCCAGAAAAUAGAACUGUUGGGAUAGAAGAAUUUUCAUAUGAUCCUAAUAGUGAUACAUUCAUAACACCAAAUAACUAUGAACCAGCAUAUCAGCCUCCAUCACCAAACCAACCAAGUCCACCAUCCCACCCCCUUUAGAUUCAGAGGUUCCCAUAGAAAAACAAAACUGUCACAAGCGAAGGAGAUCCGAGUAUGGAGGGAGUUCAAGCGCUGUUGGGAUCAACAAUCAAGGCAACGUUCUGGAAAAUCUUUCUGUUGGCAUUGGGACUAUUGCUGUGAAUUUUGAAAAAAUAUCCAACAUGAUGGAGAAAAGAGAAAAAGAUAGAGAUAGAGAUAUAGAGCUCGAGGGUAUU